AUGAGACGGACAAAAAUUUUUGGUGGAUCAUCCCAUCCGGAACUUGUGGAAGCAAUUACUCAUCAUUUGGCAAUUUCUCCAGCACCAGUUAGUCUUAAAAAAUUUUCUAAUCAAGAAACAAGAGUAGAAAUUGCGUGUUCAGUACGUAUGGAAGAUGUUUUUAUUAUUCAAUCAGGGAGUAACACGAUCAAUGAUCAUCUUAUGGAACUUUUAAUUAUGAUCUCAGCAUGUAAGGGGGCAUCGGCAUCGAAGAUUACGGCAGUUAUGCCGUAUUUCCCAUAUUCUAAACAGAGUAAAAUGAGAAGGCAUCGUGGUGCAAUUACAGCAAAAAUGGUUGCUAAUCUUUUGACUGUUGCGGGUGUUGAUCAUAUUAUUACGAUGGAUCUCCAUGCUUCUCAGAUUCAGGGUUUUUUUACAAAACCUGUUGAUAAUUUGUUUGCAGAACCGAGUAUUGCAAAAUGGAUUACGGAAAAUAUAAGUGAUUGGAAAAAUGCAGUUGUUGUAAGUAAAAAUCCGGGAGGUGCUAAGAGGGUUACUAGUUUGGCGGAUAUUUUAAACAUUAAUUUUGCACUUAUUCAUACUGAUAGAAAGAGAAAAACAUUUAAAGAAUCUUAUUCACAUAUAAGUACAAAUUCAUAUUCACCCGUUACAUCUAAUACGGAAAGCAUUGAUGAUAAUAAUUAUAUAUAUAAUUCUCAAGAAAAUAGUUAUGAUGAUCAAACACCUAUUCUUUCUGGAUCAAGUACCCCUAAUGAGCUUUUAUCUCAAAAGAAGACACAAUCUAAUCGAAUUACAUGUUCAAAUAUACGUACAGCAAGAUUAAUAUCUGGACAUGUAGUAGAUGAUGAUUAUCCAUCUUCAGUAUCUCCUUAUUGUGAAAAUUCUAUAGAUGCCACACAUGGUCCAGAUAGUAUGUUUUUACCGCCAUUUUCUUUUUAUUCAAAUACUGCAUCGAUUAUUGGCGAUACAUCUACUGCUAUUUCUUUUAACGAUGAUGAAAGUAUAAAUUUAAACGAAGAAAGAAUGAUUACAUUGGUUGGAGAUGUCGAAAAUAAGACUGCAUUAAUUCUCGACGAUAUAAUAGAGACUCCUGGAAGUUUUGUAGCUGCUGCAGAACAUUUAAUUAAAAAUUGUGGCGCCAAAAGGGUUUUCGUAUUUGCUACUCACGGAAUUCUGCAAAAUGACUGUUUAGAAAAAAUGGAAGAAUGUAGAUGUAUUGAUAAGAUUGUUAUAACAAAUACUUAUCCUGUUAGCAAAAAAAAGAGACAAACAUCUUCAAAGUUAAUUAUAAUUGAUAUUAGUAAAGUUUUUGGAGAGGCUAUUAGAAGAGUACAUAAUGGAGAAAGUAUUAGCCAUUUAUUUGGAAGGGCUUUAUAA